UAGAUAAAUAAUUAAUUUAUAGGUGAUUUGAGUGCAUAGCACCUAGCAAUCUUAAUUUUGUAAUACAUUAACUAGUUGCUUGAAUCCAGACACAAUCGAACCUUGAUUCCUUUACCACACAAAACUUCUCAGAUAUGUAUGUAUGAAUGUGCGACGUGUCUAUGAUUCUCCCUUUUAAAAAUAUCGGUAUAGACUACAUGAAUCAAUCAAUGGAUUCUAACACAACCCAAUAAGAAAGAAAGAAAGAAAGAAAGAAAGAUCGCUGCAUUGCAGCUGCUAUAAAAUGAAAAGGCAGCCCAUUGCUUUUCACCAUUACCUCUCUAAAAGGGCAACCAAGGAGCUCCAAACACAUCUCAUCUGUUUCUCUUUCUCUCUCCGUCUCUCUCCCCACCACCUCCUCCGGAAUAAAGACUUGUUCCUUUGGUUGACAACUUGCCAAACAUGCGCUCCAUGUCAAGCCCGUGCUCCUCCAAAGGCAUCGCUGCCAUCGUCGGCGUCGGCCCCAAACUCGGCUGCUCCAUUGCUCGAAAGUUCGCCUAUGAAGGCUACACCGUCGCCAUCCUCGCACGAGACCUCGCCAAACUAUCGAGGUUCGCCGAGGAGAUCGCCAGGGAAGCCAAAGCUCAAGUAUUCGCUAUCCGCAUCGACUGCUCCGACUCCAAGUCAGUGCGCGAGGCCUUCGAAGGCGUGCUUUCGCUCGGUUUCGUGGAGAUUCUUGUCUACAAUGCCAGCGAGCCUGUCUCCUGCCAGCCCACCAAAUUCACUGCCAUUAGCCUCGAGUCUUUCAAGCGAUCUCUCGCGGUCUCCACAGUGGGGCCAUUCCAUUGUGCGCAGCAGGUGAUUCCUGGGAUGGUCGAGAGGGGCAGAGGCACCAUCAUCUUCACCGGCUCCUCGGCUUCUCUUAGUGGCUUUGCAGGCAACUGUGAAUUAAGUUGUGGGAAAUUUGCUCUGAGGGGAUUGUCGCAAUGUCUAGCGGGAGAGUUCCAAGCAUCUGGUGUACAUGUUGCUCAUGUUAUCAUCGAUGGAGUAAUUGAUCGUCACGAGGAGAUCAAAGCGUAGACCUUACAAUGGAUCCGGAUGCACUAGCACAAACUUACUGGCACAUCCACAACCAAGAUAAGAGUGCGUGGACGCAGGAGAUCAAUCUACGAUCAUCAUCAAACCAAAUACCUUAAGCACCAAAAAUACUGCUGUGAGUGAUUGAAAUAAGGGGAUUUGGUGGUGUCAUGAUUCAUUUUAUCAUGUUUGUUUAGGUAGGGGUUGGUGGAUGCUCUUGUAACUUGAUUCCAGCUAUAAGGAUUCCAUAAAUUUGUAGCAAUCAAGGGUGGGUCCACCGAGGUUGAUUACUAUGUCCGAUUAUGUCCAAGCAUAUGGUUAUGGGGAGAAAAUCGUGUCCUUCUUGGAUGCACUCAAAUUGUAGUGUUCUUGACACUAUAUCUUUCUACAUCUUCUUUAUGCAAGAAUAGCAAUUUAUUUUUACUUUUGUCUAUUUAUUUUUAAAGAAGACUUUUUUUUAUUAAAGGAGGAGAAAAUUUUACUUGUAAGCAAAAAAGAAUGAAGCCUUCCUUAAAAGUUGAAUCUUUUUAAUGAGUGGAACCAUCCUCCAUAUAUGAGGAGGUUAUGGGUUGAUCCUUGUUAGCGUUAAUCUAGAUAAAAAUAUUUGAUGGUGCUACCACACAUAUCUUUCCAAAUUAAUGAGCUAAGAUUGAUAGGUGAUACUAGUACACUUGUUUUCAUAUCUAAAAACAAUAAAUAUCCAAAUAUUUACCCUAAAUUCAUGCACAGAAGAUUGAUGCCAUGUUGGGAGCUGAUUGUUAAAGAUACUUAUAGUUUAACAGAGUGUAUAUAUAGGAAAAUCUUAGCUGGCCUGCGACAAGUGUUUUCGUUAUUGCAUUUAUAACUGAUGAAGUUGUGAUUUUCCACUGGAAUUUUGAGUAAGAAUUUGAAGCACAAUAUCACAGUGCCUAAGCAACUUCAUUGAGGCAAUGCAGCAAAAUCUUGGAAGAAUUUCUUCUUCUUUUUUUUCCUUUUUUUUGAAUGAACAGAAAGCAAAUAUUCCACUAGAGAAAGCAAUAUUCCACUUGAGACUACUGUAUUGGUGAUAUUUUUCACAAAUGCUUUGGCGAAAUUUUUGAAAGCACCGAAGUUCCCAAGCACUCACCUUUUAAGGGAAAAGGAAAGCACCAUCAUUUUGCGAGGCUACGGCUUACACACUUCUGGUUAGAGACAAAAUUUUCAGGUCACCGCCAAUCAUUAAGAUUCGCCAUCAAGUCGAUGUCAGAAUCUCCGAGCCCAAAGGGGGCCUCCCCCAGCUUAUCAAAUGUGGUGACGUCAUAUAGACCAUCAAAAAAUUGAUAGAAAUUAUGCUCAUUUCCUGUCUAGACUGAGAGAUCACUCAGGAACAGUGCGGUAGAAGAUGACUCAUUGAUAGCAUUAUUUCAUGGGUAUAUGAGGAUCCGUGUGACCCUUAUUAGUUAUUCAUCGGAGAGAUUUUGAGUACUUAUAUAAAAUCAAAAAAUUCAAAUAAUAUUUUCUGGCUAGCUUUUGGAUGAGGUCAUGAAUUGUUGCAAAUGAUAUCAAAUCCAGAUUUAAAGUUCGCGCUAGCAAAUUUAUUUUGUAGAAAAAUUUUAGUAUUUUAAUUAACUAAAUUUAUAGUUAAUGAUUUUCUAAAUUUUAAGAAUUACGGAUUAUAAUAUUCUUAUUUAGAUUUAAACGCUCUGAAUCGAUGUUUGCUUUAUUAUUUAAUGAAUAAUGAAUUUGGAUCAUUAUGUUAUACAUUUACUUGAGGUGGAUUUGUAUACAAAUUAUGAUUGUUGGAUUUAUAUUAUCAUGGGCGUUACCCCUUGAUAGCAUAGUCAUAUUAUGUCCCAAAUUUUGGACGUGAUAUUUUAUAGUAUUAAAACGAACCCAGUCUAUGACUUAUGUGGAAUAAGGAUGCUGUAGCACAGACUCAUUAAAGUUGACCAUAGAUUGAUCGUAGUACUUGUAAUUAAAUUUGAAUGGAUUUGGAUCCUAAGCCUAACGAAAACAUCCAGACUUAAACAGGAGGAGUAUGUAAAAACUCGAGCAGGCAUAUGCUUACUUCGACAUCAGUUACUCACCAGAAAGAUCUUGAAUACUUAUACAGGAUCAAAUAACCCACAUAAUACUUUCUAGUUAGUUUUUAUGAGGUCCUUGCUUGUUACGCUAAUGGAGCAAUACCAUAUAUAAUUGAAGCAACAAUGCUGUCCCCGAUAAAUGGGAGCAGAAAGAUGUUAGAAUCUGAUUGGCAAUGCUUAUAGCACAAAAGAUGAGAGGACCAAGAUCAGCAUAACAUAUGGAAAAGACUAAAGCUUUUAAACCUUCUUCAAAUAAAUGGUCCCAUAUAUCCUUUCCUCAGUGGACACCGGGGUCACCAGUUAGAUUGCAGUGUGCAGUGUGGCCGGAUGAAUGAUAUUGCAUCUCUGGAUGCAGGCAUUUAAUCCAAUAAAAACGAGGGACCGUCCAACAACCCGAUCAAAGUGAACAUUAUGAUUAUAAAGGUAAACAUUAGUUUUUGGCAGGCAAAUAGAAGGGUAAGAGUGAUAAAUCUAAAUUAGUGACAACUUGAGAGAAGGAAACAACAUAAAUACUCAUUUGACUUAGCACCGAUGAUCUAAAAAGCAUGUCAUGGAACAUUAUGAAACUUGCAAUCCAAACCUAGCCUGAUUUUGACCGAACAAGUCAUGAUCUCAACAUCCAUGGUUUAGAUCAGAUUCCACACAAGCCUAAUUAUAUGAUUAACUCAAGAAAAUUUUGACCAACAUGCAAGUACUCUAUUGAUUUAA